GCCCCCUUUAAUCAUUUCUGAGUAGGUUCGGUUUUGACGAAAACUGAGUGUUUUUAAACGUGCGUGUAAAAUGACAGCUUUCUGAAAAAUUCAAACUUUCUUGUUGCUGCGUGGAAUUGGUGGUGUUUCACUUCCGUUAAGUUCUGUGCUGAUUUUUCUCUUCGAGUUUGCAGUUAGAAAGCGGAAUUCAAUUCGCGAUGAUUGAUGUGGAGACGCGGGCCAUUUCACGGCAACGGCGGCGGAGCUUCGACACCGGGACUCAGCCCAGAACUAGCCUCCCACUCAGACGAAGGGCUACGAGCAUGGAAUCGCCACGAGUCUGGUGUCCGAAAAAGCGGAAUCGUAAGCCCGCUGUCGCCGAAUUAUCCGAGGAGAACUUGGACGACGAAGGCCGGGUCAGCGAGGUCUCGGUUCUCGCUGUGAAAGGCGACGCCAUGUCGAUGUCGCCGUCGUGGUCGCAGUACAACGCUAUGGGAGGACUGGAACGGCUGCGCGCCUGGAUCGCCAGCGUAAACGAGCACUGCUUUACCAAAUAAAUGAUAUAAACGAACAUACAAAACUUAAAUUUUUCCGAAAAAGACUUUUUUCAAAAAGUUGUCUAUCUCUCCCUAUUUUUUUGUGUUAGGUUCCGGGAGGAUUUUGGCCAGCUAGGUAAGUUAAGGUGCCGUUUUUUUGUUGGAUGCAUAUUCAACCCGACGUGACCGCGCCGUGUUCUUGACGAAAGACGGGAGGAGCUUCGGUUAGUAAAUCCGUUGCGGGGAUUUAAAGCGGUGUUUUGAAGUGGUUUUAGCUUGCAGCGGCCGAAGUAAAUGUUUUGGAACGCUUGUGAUAAAAAGUGAGAAAGCGCAAUUUUUGGAAUGUGUGUGUGUGUAUGUGCAAAGUUGCUGAUGGUGGAUUAAAAAUUCU